CCUUAUCAUUAUCACGUGAAAAGUUAUAUUCGGUAUAGACUAUUCCUGAAUAUUUAUGAAUAGUUGUAAAAAUUGAUGUGAUAUUUACUGUACGAGACGUGAAAUAUUAUAGUUUUCAAAAUGUUCGGCAAUGAGUGUUUAGAGAUCCACAGAAAUGUUAAAGAAGAAUCUGAUGAGCAAACCAAUUUAGCGAAAGAAAAAUCCCCACUCGUGUCAAUUUUCACAAUCGAAAGUAUUUUGGGGCUGAAUUCACAAAUUUCCAAAAACGUUACUGGAGAUAAAAUGCUUUCAACAUUAAAUAGUCAACAAGCAACACAAACGACGUCUCCAGAAUGUGUUAAAACUAGAUCAACGAAUUAUUUCCAUUAUCCUGGAAUUAGUUCUCUACAUUCUCCUGCAUCCCCCGAUCUAAUGCUUCCAAAUAAUUUACUAGGGAUCACAUAUCCAUCCUCGUGCCACGGCUAUAUCCGGCAUGACCUGUUCUCUGCGCAGCUUCAUUCUCCGGUUGGUCUAGUCUCAUGUGACGAUUUCCGUCCUCGAUACCCGUUCCUUAAUUCAGACACCCACAUAAAACGAAAAAGGCGACAUCGUACUAUUUUCACUGAAGAGCAGUUAGAGCAACUGGAGGCGACAUUCGACAAAACACACUAUCCAGAUGUUUUGCUGCGAGAAAAACUAGCCGUGAAAGUGGAUUUAAAAGAAGAACGAGUAGAGGUUUGGUUCAAGAAUCGAAGAGCUAAAUGGCGAAAACAGAAACGUGAGGAGCAAGAACAUUUUUCUAAUUUUGAAAUCAAUAACAAGAUUCGUAAGUUCAUAAACAUCCCUGUCAAUACACAAGAGAAGCUGCGAAUUCUCCAAUCCGAAAUACUUUCGAAGGAAAAAAUGCUUAAUAAGUUCGAAGAUAUGAGCAACAGCGACGAUGUCUCUGAUGUGGAAGUAGUUUGAUAAAAUUGUGACAGUAGACUAAAAACGCUUGUUUGUUCUAAAUAAUAGAAAAAACGAGUGUUUAAAACUAUAUUGUAAAUAUAUCUUAAGCAACCAGUAAUUUUCUUUCUUUCGUGUGAACUGUGUGCUAUUGUGUUUCGCCAAAAAUUAAGUCAUGCAAAUCCUCUCGCUAUCCUCUCUUUCUUGCAUUAUCUAUCUCAAAAAUUCAAUUUCCUUCUCUAUAAUUCUGUUACCAAGGGAACUGCUCCAUGGAGCUCCCCACAUAUGUGUUACGAAAAGGUUGCAGUAUACUUUUUCUCGUAGGGGAACCACGGGUAAGACGGACAGUGGAGAUAUAAUGGACAGGUGGUUGAUUCGUACAGUUGCAUUAUGAAUUUCGAAUUUCUGUUGAUGGGAACCCCUUCUACAUGCUAUUCUAUAAUAUUUAAACAAUCCUUUUGCAAUGAAUACUGGUCAAAAGUGGAAUAGGGAAACAAAAAAGCGAAAAUCAAACAUGAUUCCACGUGCGGAUGUAAUUUUUCCGGCUUCGAUAUUAAGCAUUUUGAUUGGUUGUAUUGCAAAAUUGGAUUCGCUGAUGGCUAUAUUUCGGUUUGUGAGUUGACAGAGAAGCGAUUUUAGGUAUGUACGGAAAAGUAAAUUGUUUCGUAAGUAGAAAAUUUAAAUUAUUGAAAUAAUUGCACUGGUGGGGCUGAGAUGGACAGUCACAUCCAUAAUCACAUCCAAUGCAUGAAAGAAAGUGAAGGGAACUCUUUCUUAUAUUGCUUUCUCUUUUUGUUCUAUUUCAGUUACUGGACACCCAAACACUGAGAGAGAGCGAAAUUAUUCCUCUCGCGAGCGAUAAACUUUUAAGCUUCGUAUAUUAUUAACCUGUCCAUAUUCCCUCCACUACAUGUCCAUUAUACCCGCAUCGAUAAUAUGUUCUGCUUUUCGGCUUGUUUUGAUUUCAGUAAAAAAACAUGGAAAAACUAUUUUUUAUUAAACAUUUGACCAAUAACAUGUCCGUCUUACCCCCAUCUCCCCUACUAGUUUUAGCGGCAUUGAUAGUUCACUGUUCGUUUCUAGCAGUAUAUGUUGCACUGUGGUAUUCCAUGUGCACCCCCCCUUUAUAAACGCAUUUUUUGAUACUCCUUUCGUAUUGCUUCAAAUCAUGAUCAUACCACAAGCUCCAGUGCCUACCUGAAUCAGUCAGUAAGGGAUUGAUUGAUUUUGAUUAUCCUGUAGCCUUGAAAAGUGGAAAUCCAUCAAUGGAGAGUCCUGAAAUUGAAUCCACGAUCAGUCGUUGGGUAAGGGGACAUGCAGCCAUUUAGACUACGGAGACCUCCAGUCAGGAAGGGGCUACAUCAAGUAGAAGUUCUCUUAUCCAUUCUUCAGAUCGAAAAUGCCGGUAUAAACCUAUGCGCUACAUUUCAUCAGCGCUCUCACAUUUUCCUUUAUGCAUCUGCAUCUUUAUGCAUUCCUUUGGAUUACAGCAGCUCCUGCUCUCCGUUGUAUAUGAAUCAUUCCGAUGAUGAAACAUUGAAUUUUUUUUUCAUAUUUCGCACAAAUCCCGUUUAUCUCUAACAUUGUGUACCCAAAGAGUCAAGAGAGAAUCGAAAUAUUUAUUUGCUAGUACCGAAUAAUUCGGUGCUGAGUAGAGCCUGCUUGCAUAUAUAAUACUGAAGUGACUACAUUAAGAUACAUUAAGAGUGGAGUUAACUGUCUGGAGUAAGGCCCAACAGAUAUAGAGAACAUAAAAAAUGAACAAAAAGGCAAUAAACUACGAAGUAAAAGUCUACAGCGAAUGAAAUAAAGCAAACAUUUUUUUUUCAGGAAGAUUUACGUGGGGGAAUUAAUAGUGUUGAUCCAAAACAGCCAGUCAUUUCUGUGUGUAUCUCGUCACUCAAUCGACAAUUCAAAUCUCUCAUUAAUUAUGGAAACCUGUCAGAGUUGAAGUUAUUAAUAAUUCUUUCUUUGAAUCGCGCGAAUCGUAGUUAAGUCAUUCCUAUCACAUUAUUUAAAUAACAACUUGUCAUGAGCUUACAGGAACUUAUCCUCCAUAAAAUUGGUUAUAUUGUUAACCUACUAAACAAAUAAACGUUCGAUCCAUAGAAUUUAUAAUGAUACACAGUGACGAGUAAACUAAAGUAAAAACGAUGUUUUCUUACUUUUCGGAAUUAUACGUAUAAUACGUGGGAAACGAAAACUACAUCAAUGUAAAUGUAUGUAAUUCUAAUCAAUCUUGUAUAGGCGAUUAAAUGACAAAAAAAUGUAAUGGUAAGCAGAGUUAUGUCAAAACAAACGUAUCUAGAAUCCUUCAGGGAUC